AUGGAGCUAGUACUCGAAGACCCCGGAUACUUGUGUGCUGUGGAGCCACGCAAGACGUUGGAGCUUGCUGACGAGAAAGCACAGGCCAAUUUUGAGCUCGGCGUCGCGAUGCUCGUGCACGGAUGGCAGAUCCUCACCACCGCCGUCGAUAACAGCUGGGGAGGACCAGAGUCUGCAGAGAAAAGAGACUGGAUCACCGCCGUGGUGAUCGACCUGUUCAAACAGAACAAAGAGGUGGACAUUAUUUUGAUUCACGAGACUCUAUUUAACGCCAUGGAGGACGAGUUCGACGUCCUUGUCGAGGACCAGAGCACAGUCCACAUAGCCACCGCUGUGGUCCAGAUCUACCAGGAGUGUCUCGCUGGCAAGUACGAUCGUGUGCAGACAAUGUACCAGAAAUACCUACAGAAGCAGGAGUAUCGCAAGACCCACGGCAUCGAGAAAGUUGAGGUCCAAGAAGACGAUAGCGACGACGACAGCGACGAGGACCAGGACGAGGACGAAGACAUGAUGGACGCCGACGUGCCACAGCUGCAGGAACGCGCUAGCCAGCCGCGCGAGGAGAUCAUUGACGAGGACGGCUUCACGGUCGUCACGAGAAAGGGCAGACGCUAA